AUGUCGACCUACACUACCGCUCAUGCCACGACCACUGGGAACAUCACCCUUAUGCCCACCAGUGACCUUCCUAGACACACUGCCACCACAGGCACCACUGCACCUGCCCCUAUCACGUCGUCCAUCACACCCACGAAUGUCGUGUCUUCGACAACCAACAUCCAGACAUCACCCACGAGUGUGCAUCACUCCUCACACGGCAACGACUUCUACCUCAGACACGGUAACGAUGCCCACCCUCACAACACCAUACACCACUACAGAGACCACGUCUUCAAACACCCGAUCUACAGGAAGCACAACCACGGCUGCAGCAACACCUUUGCACCCUACCUCUGGAACCAGACUGACAUCCACAGUCACAGCCCCGUCUUCUAUUACUCCUCACAUGGCGACGACUUCUACCUCAGACACGAACCUGCCCCCACUUUCACCACCAUCACUAACCCUCCACCCACCCUGCUUACCACACCGCAUCCGCCCCACACCACAUCCACCCCAAGAUCUCCCACUAGCACUGUCACCCGGGCCACAAGUGAAAGCUCCACUCUCACUGAGACUUCAACCCCUGCCACCUCGAUCACAGUCACUUCCCCCACUCCCUCAGCUCCUCACACGGCGACGACUUCUACCUCAGACACGGUAAGGAUGCCCACCCUCACAAUACUAUACACGACUUCAGAGACCACGUCUUCAAACACCCGAUCUACAGGAAGCACAACCACGGCUGCAGCAACACCUUUGCACCCUACCUCUGGAACCAGACUGACAUCCACUGUCACAGCCCCGUCUUCUAUUAGUACACGUAUCCCAACCACAACACUGACAACCACCAUCCCCACGUCGGUGGGCACCACUGGCCCCUUGACCACCACCAGUGAGUCCACCUCCACAUUAACUGCCUCCAGCAAGUCCUCCUCCCCUACCUUCAUCUCCUCUUCAUCGCCCACCUCCCACAAUGCGGAAACAAGCACAACCUCUGGCACAACGCCUAGCAUGUCACCUACGCUCACGAGCACGCAUCCCCCUCCACCUCCCUCUCUUUCGACCAGUGUUCCAGGUACAUCUGCAGGCUCCACUUCCACGUCUGCCAGCAGUCCGGGGAUCACGCAGAGUGAGGGUAGCACCUCAUCUGCAAGCAGCACACGUACACUGGGCACAAGCACGAGGACCACCCCGGCACCCACCACCACCCACACGGUCACAACCUCGACCACCACGGGAACACCCUCCUCCAGUGCAGCCACCACACACCCAGGCACUUCGACCUACACAACCACUCAUGCCACGACCACUGGGAACAUCACCCUUAUGCCCACCAGUGACCUUGUUACACACACUGCCACCACGGGCACCUCUGCACCUCCCCCUAUCACGUCAUCCAUCACACCCACGAAUGUCGUGUCUUCUCCAACAUCCACCACCUCUACCCCAGCGACCACCAAUGUCGACACAUCACCCACGAGUGUGCUUCAGUCGUCUCCACCUGCCUCAACCGCAGAACCUUUCUCCAAUUUCACCACCAUCACUGCCCCUCCACCAACCCUGCUUCCCACACUGCCUCCAAGCCACGUCACAUCCACCCCGAGAUCUCCCACUACCACUGUCACCCAGGCUACACGUGAAAGCACCAUUCCCACAGACACUUCAACCUCUGCCACCUCGAUCACAGUCACUUCCCCCACUCCCUCAGCUCCUCACACGGCGACGACUUCUACCUCAGACAUGGUAACAACACCCACCCUCACAACGCUAUACACCACUUCGGAGACCUCUUCUUCAAACACCCGAUCCCCUGGAAGGACAACCACGUCUGCAGUAACUCCUUUGCACCCUACCUCUGGUACCAGACUGACAUCCACAGUCACAACCCCGUCUUCUAUUAGUACACGUGUCCCAACCACAACACUGACAACUGCCACCCCCACCUCACUGGGCGCCACUAGCUCAUGGACAACUGUAAGUGACCUCACCUCUACAUUCACUUUCUCCAGUACGUUGGCAUCACCCAUUUCCACUGUCCCUUCAUCCCCCACCUCACGCAAUACAGAAAGAACCUUCAGUGUCACCACCACUUCUGCCACAACCCCUAGUAUGUCACCUAUGGUCAUGAGCACGCAGCCCAGUUCAUCUCCCUCCCUCACAACAAGUGUUCCAGGUACAUCUGCAGGCUCCUCUUCCACAUCUACCCUUAGUCCGGGGACAAUGCAGAUGGAAAAUAUAACCUCAUCGGCCAGCAGCACAAUUACACUGAGCACAUCUACAGGAUCAACCCUGGUACCCACUAUGACCCAUAACUUCACCUCCUCCACCACCACAGGACCACCUUCCUCCACUCCAACCACGAUGCACACAGCCACAAUGACCCACAGAACCGCUCAUGCCACAAACACUGGGAGAAUCACCCUUACGCCCACCAGUUACCUUCUCACACAAGCUCCCACUACAGGCACCACGGCACUUCCCCCUCUUACGCCAUCAGUCACUCCCACGAAUGUCGUCUCUUCACCAACAUCCACCACCUCUACCCCCAUGAUCAUCAACAAUCUGACAUCACACACAAAUGAGCUUAUAUCAUCUCCACCUCCCCCAACCACAGAACCAGACUUCCCUUUGACCGCCAGCACUACCCGUCCAUCCAUCCUGGUUACCACGCUGCCCACAACCCAUGCCACAUCCCCCCUGACAUCUCCCACUACCACUGUCACCCUGGCCACAGCUGAAAGUAGCACUCCCACUGACACCUCAACCCCUGCCACCUUGGUCACUGAUUCCUUCUAG